AUGGCAGGCGGCCCAUCAAACCUCGGCAAGAUCCGGUGCACUCGGCGUGCACAAGGCUCCGCGGCAGUGCUGGCAAUCGGAACGGCAAAUCCAGUGAACCACGUGUAUCAAGAAGAGUUCCCUGACUACUACUUCCGUGUCACCAAGAGCGAGCACCUCACUGACCAUAAAGACACAUUCAAGACAAUAUGUGGUGCGAUUGGCACGGAGAAUCGUUUCUUUCAAUACAUGGAGGAACAGCUGAACUCUUACCCUGACUUCCUGCUUCAACGCACGUUGCCAUCCCUUGAAGUUCGGCUUUAUAUUGUGGCUAGUGCUGCUCCACAACUUGCCGCAUCAGCCGCCAAGAAGGCCAUUGCAAAGUGGGGACGUCCGGCCACUGACAUCACCCACCUUGUCGUCAGCACCAACUCAGACGCCAGCACCCCAGGCAUCGACGUACACUUGGUUUCACUUCUUGGCCUUCGCCUCAACAUCUGUCGUACGAUGCUCCAACUGAACGGCUGCUUCGCUGGUAGCUCUGCUUUGCGCUUGGCAAAAGACCUUGCUGAGAACAACCGCAGAGCACGGGUCCUUGUGGUUUGCGUGGAGCUAUCCAUUGCUGGUUUCUGUGGCCCCGACGACCACUUAGACACCCUCAUUAUUCAUGCGUUGUUCGGCGAUGGGGCUGGAGCGGUCAUUGUCGGUGCUGAUACCAUGCACCCUGUCGAGCAGCCGAUGUUUGAGAUGGUGUCUGCCUCACAGACCAUCAUACCAGGCACCCAGCAUGUGCUCGGCGUGAAGAUGGGGAGCUAUGGUGUUGGUGGCAAAGUUUCCACCGAACUGUACAAACUGGUGGCAGACAACAUCGAGCCAUGUGUCGGUGUCAAAACCCUAUGGUAA